AUGCUCUGGAAACUGGUGGAAAAUGUGAAAUACGAAGACAUCUACGAGAUGUUAGUCCACACCUAUUCCGCUAUGGACCGGCACGAUGGAGUCCCCAGCCACAGUUCCCGGCUGUCCCAGCUGGGCUCGGUCUCGCAAGGCCCUUACUCCAGCGCCCCUCCGCUCUCUCACACGCCCUCCUCGGACUUCCAGCCGCCCUACUUCCCGCCGCCCUACCAGCCUCUUCCUUACCACCAGAGCCAGGACCCUUACUCCCACGUUAAUGACCCCUACGCCCUAAACCCGCUGCAUCAGCCCCAGCAGCAUCCCUGGGGGCAGCGACAGCGGCAAGAAGUGGGCUCCGACGCCGGCUCGCUGCUGCCCCAGCCACGGGCUUCUUUGCCGCAGCUCUCGGGCCUCGACCCGCGACGGGACUACCACUCCGUCAGGCGGCCAGACGUCCUUCUCCAUUCAGCUCACCAUGGCCUGGACUCCGGCAUGGGCGACGCGCUUUCCCUCCACGGCAUCGGGCAUCCUGGCAUGGAGGAUGUGCAGGCAGUAGAAGAUGCUAAUAACAGCGGCAUGAACCUGCUGGACCAGUCGGUCAUCAAAAAAGGUAUGGCAAGCAUUUCCAAAGUGAACGAAAUUCCUCCAAAAUCUGUUACUUCUCUGAUGAUGAACAAAGAUGGCUUCCUUGGUGGUGUGUCUGUAAACACAGGUGAAGUGUUUUGUUCGGUCCCUGGGAGGCUCUCCUUGCUCAGUUCAACGUCCAAGUACAAAGUCACUGUUGGAGAAGUUCAACGGCGCCUUUCACCUCCUGAGUGCUUAAACGCUUCCCUCCUUGGCGGUGUCCUUAGAAGAGCCAAAUCGAAAAACGGGGGGCGAUCGUUGCGAGAGCGGCUAGAAAAAAUUGGUUUGAAUUUACCAGCCGGCAGGCGCAAAGCGGCAAAUGUCACUUUACUCACCUCCCUGGUGGAAGGAGAAGCUGUACAUUUAGCUCGGGAUUUUGGAUACAUCUGUGAAACUGAAUUCCCAGCCAAAGCAGUUUCUGAAUACCUGAACAGACAGCACACAGACCCUACUGAUCUCCACUCCCGAAAAAAUAUGCUGCUUGCCACUAAGCAAAUGUGUAAAGAAUUUACUGAUCUUUUGGCCCAAGACCGGACACCCAUUGGCAAUAGCCGACCAACACCCAUCUUGGAGCCAGGGAUCCAGAGCUGCUUGACUCACUUCAGUCUCAUCACUCAUGGCUUUGGUUCCCCAGCCAUCUGUGCUGCCCUGACUGCUCUCCAGAAUUACCUGACGGAAGCUCUCAAAGGCAUGGACAAGAUGUUCUUGAACAACAACUCUGCUAACAGGCACACUUCUGGGGAAGGACCAGGUAGUAAAACUGGAGACAAGGAAGAAAAGCACAGAAAAUGA